AUGGGCAUGACGUUAGAGUCGCUGAUGAAGCAGGAGAAGCUGGAUUAUGCUGAUGCAGUAUGUGUUUACCUAGCUUACCAGGACUCUCUGAAGUCGUCCGGCCGAACCAAGAAACCAGCUGCCCCGGACACCGAGAAGCUCGAGGACACCCAAUCGGCAGGCAAUUCGGUCCCUUCCGAAACAGGCAAGAAGAAAUCCCCAAAGAAUGCCCCCACGGAGACCGAGGACGUUCAGUCGGCAUGCAAUUCGAUCUCUUCCGGAACAGGCAAAAAGAAAUCCCCAAAGAAUGCCCCCAUGGAGACCGAGACCGAGGAAGCCCCGAAGAAAUCCCGCAAUCAAGUCUCCGCGAAGUCCAGGCCGAGCAAAGCAUCUUUGAAGCGAGGAGUUGCAUCAUCCAACCUCGGAUUGGAUCAGGACCCAGAGGGUGCUGUGGUGCGGCCGACCAAGCGUCUGAAAGGCAAGACCCCUCCCGAAACAAUCCCGAACCCUCAAGACGACACCCUCUGUGACGAUGAAGAGGAUGCUGAGUGCUGGGAUGACGAGCUUAGCUAUGAGUAUGAGUUGUGGAGGCAUGGGCUUCCUCAGCUUAGUGAGCUGGAGUCGGAUUUGAAGGCCCACAGGGCUGCCCCGACCGUGCCAGUGCCGGGUGUGCUGGUUCCUGCAGAAUCUGAAGACCAGUGUGGCUCCAACGACAGCCAAGUGUCUGGCAGCACAUUCGUGGAUGCUCAGGUUGCUUCUGCAUUGGACAUGCAUGCACUUUUGGAGCGAGUGAAACAAUUGGAGCUUGAGAAGGCAGAGCUCCAAACCCAGAUCAGCACUGGUUCCACUACGCCUGUGGCUACGCCUACAAGGAACAAGGAGCAUGUGUUUCAUGAGGCGCCGGAUCCGGCGACUUCCCCGGGAGGUGGACUUCCGGCCUCCGUGUACGCCAACAUCAGGACCCAGGCGGACCCAGUUCCCAUGCCGGCCGGUGUGCCCCCGUCGGGGCCUGCAGUGCAAAACGAGCAGCAUGGGAAAAUCAACUCCGCAAACUACCGAAAGGAAUACAUGAAGUUGAACCGACUUUAUGAUUCUGGCGAGUUGGCUUCCUACCCGAACAUGCAGAAGUUGCAGGAAGGCACGCUGGAUGAGAAGCGCAAGCUUCUUCGUGAGUGGGUCAUCUCGGGCCAGAACCUGCAGGCCUGUGAGAGUGCCAUCGAGGAUACAUUGUAUUGGUGUAUCGUGGCUCGCACCCAGGUGGAAAGCUCUGAUUACAGGAUCAAGCAGAACCUCAAGGCGAACUGUCGUCCGGGGUCCAGCUUCUUUGAUGGCCCCCUUCCCGGAGCGGAUCCUGGCCUCCUGCACAAGAGAGCAGCAGCCGGGAGCCAGCAGGCACCAUUGAAGGCUGAUGUCCUCAGGGAGUUUGAUCAACGGAAGGCCGAGUUAAGUGCAAUUGCGGCACAGGGUUCAGGCUCGGUGGCAGGCUCUACCGCGACUACUGUCAAGGGAAGUUUGAUCAACGAGAUCUUUGCUUGCAAGGAAAUCAAGAAGAACUUGGGCAGCAUCAACGACAUGCUGUUCGACAUGGGUGAGCCUACUGGUGAGGAUUCUGUGAGAUAUCAAAAGGACCUCAAGGCGCACGAGAAGAAGAUCAAAAACCUUGCGAAGAAGUUCCAUUCCCUGGACCCUACCACCGACGUGGAGCAGAUGGACAAGCUGUGCGAAGAUGUUCACGAUGUUCAGAAGCUUGGUUUGACCAAGGCACAGGCCAAAGGCCUGAUGAAGGAGCUGAGUAAGAUGGCUUCGAGCUCUGGACAUACGGUGGGCUUAAGUUCUAUAUAUAGGCUAUGUCAGGGACCCAAAUAUCUAGAGUCAUCAAUAUUUUCAUUCGGAAGCACCCUGACCAGGACACCCGACUUAUCCAAGUGUCGUACUGGUUCAAAAGCUUCCCGGUACAUCAUGUACUCGCUGCCUGUGAAGUCUUAUAUGAUGCACGAGAAAACGAAUGUCUCGCUACAGGCAUUAAACAAAGCCAUUGUAGAUGACCUGAAGCUGCUCAGCACUCGUGGUGUUUCUCUGGGCUCCGAGGUCUAUUACUUCCACGUCGUGGGCUUUAGAGGCGAUCUCAAGCAGAUGGCCCAA